AUGGCUCUCUGGAUCCGAUCGCUGCCUCUCCUGGCUUUUCUUGCCCUUUCUGGCCCCCCUAUCAGCCAUGCUGCUGCCAACCAGCACCUCUGCGGCUCACACCUAGUGGAGGCCCUCUAUCUGGUGUGUGGAGAACGGGGCUUCUUCUAUUCUCCCAAAGCCCGACGGGACCUCGAGCAGCCCCUAGCCGUGAAUGGCCAUCUGCCGAAUUCAGUGGAAGAACUGCCAUUCCAACAGGAAUACCAGCAAGACAAGAGGGGAAUCGUUGAGCAAUGCUGCCAUAACACCUGCUCCCUGUACCAGCUGGAAAACUACUGCAAUUAG